GGGAACGGGACGUUCACAUGGCCUCAAAGUAGCAUCCCUCAGAUUACUUACCAAAUACCAAGAGGAAAAUGUACAGUUACAAUGGAGCCAUGCAGUCACUGUCUUUACCGAGUGAUCAAAUUUAGCAUUACUGACAGCAGGAGAAUCUAAGAUAUGUGUCCUCUAUGAGGUGUGAUAAAGAGGUACACACGUCUUGCAAAAAAUGCUUAACACUGAAUCUAGUCGUAAGGGGAAGAUCUAACAAGUCCAGAAGGAGGAACAUUCUACCAGACAACUGGCGGGGAGUCGGGACAAAAUUCAGUGACAAGUUACAGAGGAGAGUGGAGGAGACUGUUCUGCAGUAAAAGAGCCGAUUAUAGCUCAUGGGUUGAAAAAAAUAAUAAAAACGGCUAUCAAAGGAAUUUCGGGGGCAGCUCGGGAAAUUUGAAUACGAAUUAUGUUAGAUGAUACUAUGAAAUCAUUAAUUUUCUAGGUUUGAUCAUAUAUGAUGCUUAUGUCGGGCUAUGUCCUUAUUCUUGGGAGAUGCAUACAGACGUCUGUGGGGGUGAAGUAUCCGCAACUUUCAAAUAAUUCGUCAAAAAUCAGUGUGCCGGGCUGUGUGUAUGGAGACGGUGGGAGAGAGGCCAAAUGUUAAGCAGUUAAUGAACUGGAGGACGGCUAUGCGAAUGCUCAUUGUACUACUCUUUAAACUUUUCUGUAGAUAUAAGCGUUUUUUUUUUUUUUAAAUUGGGGCGGGGAACGCCGUUCAGGGAAGGCCAAGUGCAAAGGCAUCCACGAGCCUUACGAAGGUAGCGACGUCGGGAAGAGACGGAAGAGACUUCUCAGAACCGCUUCCGCCCUUCCCGGGGCCCUUCCCUGUUGGCGGAUCCAGUCACGUGGCUACGUGGCCCCGCCCACAGCUCCCAGAGGCCCGCGCGCGCCGCCGGCAGUUGGGCCGCUCCUUCCGGGCCGGCAGGCGGGUAAGUGGUCGUGCCGCGGCCAUGGAUGGCGACCCUCCACCGGUGGAGGAGCGGCGGCGGCUGCGGGAGGAGCUGAGCGAGUUCGUGGAGAACUGCUGCCGGACGCUGGAGGAGGUGACGGCGUCGCUGGGCUGGAGCCUGGACCGGCUGGACCCCGGGGAGGAGGAGGCGGCCGAGGAUGAAGUUGCCAUAUGCCCUUACGAUUCCAAUCAUCGCAUGCCUAAGUCGUCUCUAGCAAAGCACAUGGUAUCUUGUAGAUUGAGGAAACUGGGCUAUACCAAAGAAGAAGAGGGUAAAAUGUAUAAUUCUGACUUUUUCUAUGAGAAUGCAAAGAUACCUUCAGUUACCUUGAAUAAGGACUCACAAUUCCAGAUAAUUAAACAAGCUAGAGAUGCAGUUGGAAACGAUGGUGAUUAUUAUAAUCAAAGGAUGUAUUCUUCAUUGCCUGUUGAAGUUCCUCUGAAUCACAAACGGUUUGUUUGUGAUCUAACCCAAGCCGAUCGUCUUGCCCUCUAUGAUUUUGUAAUCGAGGAGACAAAGAAAAAACGGUCAGAUUCUCAAAUUAUUGAAAAUGACAGCGAUCUCUUUGUAGACUUGGCUGCCAAAGUCAAUCAAGAUAAUAGUCGAAAAAGUCCAAAAUCUUACCUUGAAAUCCUGGCAGAAGUGAGAGAUUAUAAAAGAAGACGCCAGUCCUAUAGAGCUAAGAAUGUUCACAUAACCAAGAAGUCAUAUACUGAGGUGAUUCGGGAUGUGAUCAACGUGCACAUGGAGGAACUCGGCAGCCAGUGGCAGGAGGAGCAGGAGAAUGCAGAGGAUGAUGCGGAGAAGAAUGAAGAAAGGCGGUCGGCUUCAGUAGACUCACGGCAGUCUGGGGGAAGCUAUCUGGAUGCGGAGUGUUCACGACAUAGAAGGGAUCGGAGUAGGAGCCCGCAUAAACGCAAAAGAAACAAAGAGAAGGACAAACACUGGGACUCAAGAAGAAGGAAAGAGAGGGAUGGGGAAAGACAUCAUAGUCAUAAAAGAAGAAAGCAAAAAAUAUAAACGAAGUAUUUGUGCGUGUAUUAAUUAUGCUUAUGCCAUGGUAACCAGUAUGCUGAUGUUUUUAUCAUAAUUGCUUUGAGUAGGAGAAUGUGCUUACAUGAACUGUUCAGUGCUCAGAUCAUUAUUUUUCAACCAAUACUUACAUCUCAAACCAUGAGUACAUUGAUUAUGCCCUAGAAAUUUGUUUUCCUUAUAUUUUAAUGGAUGAUUGCCUCCUAUUACUGAUUUUGUUUCAUUCUUUUUUUGAUAAUUUAUGUUUCAGAAAAUUCUUUAAUUAAAGUGAAUAUUUAAACUA